UAAAAACUCACCAUCGUUUCCUCCAGCACCCGAUAUCAGCCUUGGUUAACAUGAAAAGGCGUUGUGUGUGAAACUUUUUAUAUAUGGUCUAUGGUGUGAAACCGUGUGUGGACUCAACAAGUAAGAACGCCUCAGUGACUGUUCAGCCUAAAUAAGGGCUCUACUGUAUCAACACCCUCCCAUCGCCGACUGGAGGAUGCCCAACUAGGAUGCAGAAACAGAGUGUGGGCCAAACAUGCUGAAGGAACUCUUAGCAAAGCUGAAACAUGUUCUACGAGGAAAGGAAGACACUGAAGAAUAUCACUGAAGAUGGACUACAGUAACACGUCGGGUAGUCUGAAGGAGAAAAAGACGAUGGAUGCCAACACAGUAUGGCAGUGGCGCAUUAUGCAUGUAAAGAAAUAUUCAAGACGUCCAGAACCAUUCCAUUACAGUAAGAAAAUAGGACUGGAUUUUAAUGUAGCAUCCAACACGCAGAAAAAAAUGGAUUUACAAUUAAUGACAAAUGGUGUCAUACUUGAGGUCUGUGACUUUGCUAAAACAGUAAACAAGAGUGAAAGGCAUUUUAUUACAAGCAUUCUGGAGAACAGUUUUGAUCUUGGAUUGGAAAAUGAGCAACAGAGGGCGGAUUUUACUGCUCGAAUCCUGCACAAAGUCAAAGACCUGAUCAGGAACCCUCCUAAAGAUAGACAUGAAGUUUUUACUCUCUUUGAAACGUCAUCUGAGCCAGAAUUCAGCAGCAACAAUGGACUGAACAUGGCAUCAACAGAGCGUAAGGCUGAAAGUUUCCUAUUGGAAAUGGAGGGUACUGAUGAUAGUGAACCUGAAGAUGAAUUCAAGUGUACACGAUGUAGCACCAAAGAAUACGGAAAGACAGACUGUCUCUCAGAAGACAUGGAUGAAGCACAUGGUGAUGGGAAUGAACAAGAGAAUGAAUUAAAGUGUUCAGGAUUCACACAGUCAGAAGAAGAACUGAAAGAUGAGGAUCUUCCCCCUUUGUUCCCUUGUUGUGAAAAAAUUGGUCUGAAACUUGAAGGAGGUUCAAAGCAGAGUCUAGAUCCAGGAUUGUUGACAAAGGGAGUGAUGUUAGAACUUGUACACUUCACUAGAGUACUGACUGCAUCCUACAAACCUAUUGUUCUCAGUGUGUUGGAGCAUAAUUUUGAUCUUAAUCUCAAAAGUCAAAGGGUAAAAAAUCAAAUUUGGUUCAAGAUAUCAGACCUGCUCAAAAAGAGAAAGCGACUUAUCACCACUGGAGGAAAAAUAACCCCAGAGUUUAAAAAUGAGCUAUUUUCCUUCCAGACAAAACCCUUCAAAAGACCCAGAGGAUCUGCUUUGUCCAAUAUGGGAUCCCCACAAUAUAAAGUUAAGGAAGUGACAACACAGGAAAAGGGGGCACUUUUAAGAAGUGAACAAGAGUCUACAAACCUGGAGACAAACACACAUCCCACUGAUUUGUUUACCAGUGGAGCAGCAGAGCAUGGCCAUAGCUCUACUUUUCCUGUAGGAGAGUCUGAUGUGCACUUAGACGAAGUCACAGAUUCAGAUGCUGCCAAACAGGAUCACUUAGAAAACCAAAACGGUUCUCUGAGCUCUGACAUCCCUAGAGAAUCAGAAUCAAGUUGUCUGGGUAUUCAUACACAUUUCGUCACCACCAUUGACGUCUCAUCCACUUUACCUACUGUAAACCCAAAUGUGAACCCACCAUUUGUAAGUCAGUCUGAGAAAAGAGUGCGUUCUGGAGGUGAAGAGCAAACAGAGACUCCAAGAAAUGCACCAAACGACUGUGACAUGGAACAAGAGGAACUGGAAACAGAGAACGUGUGGAAGUUGCGUGCAAACCGUGUUAAACAAAUCCUCUCUGGAUUCAACAGACAGUUCGGUCCAUUUAACAAGUCCAAGAAAGUUGGCAUUGAAUUCGAUGUUGGAUUUGGCCCAAAGCAAAACAUCAGUGUGGACUCUUUGACUAAUUCGGUUCUGCUUGAACUUGUUAAAUUUGCCUUAGCAGUUAAUGCAUCUCAGCAGGACUUCAUCAUGGAGAUUCUGGAGUACAACUUUGACUUUGGCCUGCAGAGUCAACACCAGAGGAAUAUCUUCACAUGUGAAUUGAUGAAACGAGUAAGACAGCUGAGAAGUUGUGAAGAUGCAGUCAAGUUUUCUAAUGACAUUUUUGAACUUUCUGGUCCCAUGUCAUCAGUAAGUGUGGAAAUUCGAAGUGUGGGCAAUGUCAACCAUGAACCCAUCAGCGUAUCGAAAAUGGAGGACCGUAAUGUUGCUCCUGUGUGUUGUCCUGAUUCACAUUCUGAAACUAAAGCUCAUUCACAAAAGAGUGCGGAUCUUUAUCCCUUCUGCAAGGAAAUAGGUCUGAAGCUACAUGUAAACAGUCGACCAAACAAAAAACUGGAUAUCAACAAACUGACCAAUGGAGCAAUGACUGAAGUAACACACUUUACAGAAAAGUUGUGUGGGACAUUUGAGGAGAUUUGUCUGGACAUCCUCAGACACAACUUGGAUCUUGAUUUGCAAAGUGGAGAUUCUGAACUUGCCAGAAAUAUUCUUGCACGAAUCCCUACUUUAAUGGAGCAAAGGAAUUUAACAACCUGUGUUAAACCCUACAAGAAUAUAAAGGGCACAAGAAAAACAUUCACAACAGUGGCAAAACUGGAUAGCCAGAACGACACAAAUGUAGAUGCAUGUGGUGCUGUCUCUUCCCAGGCUGCAAUCAUUGACCAAAAUGUUGGCAGUUCUCCUGACACUGAACAGCAAAAUGAGUUCAAUUUAACAAUAUGGAGACUGCGGGCCAGUCACAUCCAGCAAAUCCUCUCAAUACCUCAUGAAGAACAUUGCCCACUUUAUUCAUACGGCAGAUGCAAGAAAGCAGGCAUAGAUUUCAAUGUAGGGUCUGGAGUCAAACAAAAUCUUGAUCCCAAAUUACUGACCAAUGGUGUCAUGGUUGAAAUUAACGCUUUUGCCACAGCACUGCAAUCAGCCACAAAGUAUUUUAUCACAGAGAUACUGGAAUAUAAUUUUGAUCUUAAUUUGAACAAUGAGUUGGAUCGCAGUGCUUUUACAGAGAAAACGAUGACUAAAAUUAGAGCAGUGAAUGCACAUAAAAGAAACAGUGUUUCUCGAAUGCAAAGACCAUUUGAACUCCCGGACACAAGGUGCAUACAAGACCUUACUUGUGACACAACUACAUUAUGCCCCAAAUGCUAUCAAGACAGAAAUCACAAGGUUCGUGAGGAUGAAUCUGACCCCGGUCACAUGCAUCAUCCUUGUCUACAUACCAUGACUGACACAGUCUCCGCUGAUGCAAACUGCUCAGCACAAAAGCCUGCAAAAGAUCGAUCGUCAUCCUUCUCAACAAUCAAGGAGAUGAUUAUGGACAGUUAUGCUCUCUGCAAGAAAAUUGGCUUGAAUGUGUGUGUGGACAAAGACCAACCAAAAGAUAAACUUGACCCACAUGUAUUGACAAAUGCAAUUGUGAAUGAAGUGGUUCAUUUUGCCAAAACAUUAAGUGGAACAAAAAAUAAAAUUCUUAAUGAUGUCCUUGAACACAACUUCAACAUUAGCAUGAAGAGCCGAAACAUAACUCUGUCACAGCUAUUUAGCAGAGCGAUGCCACUAAAUGAUGCCUGGUUCAGUGACGUUUUUGUUAUUCCACCAGUUUUUCACAAACAACCUGGACUAGUACAUAAACUGAAAAGGGCAGCUGCCACACAGAGAAGUGAAAUGAAGGAAACUAUUAAAAAAAGAAAGCUGGCACUGCAGACUAAGGAGGAAAGAGUCACGCUGCAAAUGCAUAACAUGAGGAAUGUAAAAACAAAGACUAAUCAUCGGCGUAGAGAAAACCAUUAUCCUAUUUGCACGGAGAUAGGUUUGGAUCUAGACGUGACAUCAAAGUUAACAGAGAAAAACAAGCUGGACUUGAAGCUUUUGACCAGAGCUGUAAUGAUGGAGAUACACAAAUUUGCAAUUAAGAAACUGGGACACUCUUUCCCACACACUGUGUUUGACAUCCUUGACUAUAACUUCGAUCUUAGCUCACAAUAUUACAGGCGCUGGGAAUUUUCCAUAGCUACUGCAUCCAAAGUCAGUAACAUGGUAAGGAGUUAUUGCAGAAAAGUAGACAGAGCAGAUGAAGUCUUCAAAUUACCAUUUGUGUUCAGUCACAGGGCUUCACGGAAAUUUGUAGAAAAGAUUGGGCAUUGUGCAUCUGAAGAGCAAAUACUGACAAGAAAUGCACCAAAAGUAUGUGACAUAGAACAAGAGGAAAUGGGAUCAGAGAACAGCUACACUUGUCCUUUGGGAGAAUCUGAUCUAGACUCAGACAAACUCUCAGAUUCGGAAAACGCUGGCAGUCAGGAUCAUUUACAAAACCCAAAAGGUUUUUCUCUGAGCUCUGACAUCCCUAGAGAAUCAGCACCAAGUUGUCUGAGUUUUUGUGCACUUCCCCCCACCACCACUGACGUCUCAUCCACUUUACCAGCUGUCAACCCAAAUGUGAACCCACCAUUUGUAAGUCAGUCUGACGAAAGAGGGGUAUCUGGAGGUGAAGAGCAAACAGAGACUCCAAGAAAUGCACCAAACGACUGUGACAUGGAACAAGAGGAACUGGGAACAGAGAACAUGUGGAAGUUACGUGCAAACCGUGUUAAACAAAUCCUCUCUGGAUUCAACAGACAGUUCGGUCCAUUUUACAGGUCCAAGAAAGUUGGCAUUGAAUUCAAUGUUGGAUUUGGCCCAAAGCAAAACAUCAGUGUGGACUCUUUGACUUAUCCUGUUCUGCUUGAACUUGCUAAAUUUGCCUUAGCAGUUAAUGCGUCUCAGCAGGACUUCAUCAUGGAGAUUCUGGAGUACAACUUUGACUUCGGCCUGCAGAGUCAACACCAGAGGAAUAUCUUCACAUGUGAAUUGAUGAAACGAGUAAGACAGCUGAGAAGUUGUGAAGAUGCAGUCAAAUUCUCAAAUGAGGUUUUUGAACUUCAUGGUCACAUGCCAACAAUAAAUGUGGCAAUUCCGAGCGUGGGCAAUGUCAAACAUGAACUCAGCGGCACAUCAGAAAUGGAGGAAUGUGAUGUUGCUCCUGUGUGUUGUCCUGAUUCGCAUUCUGAAACUAAAGCUCAUUCACAGAAGAGUGUGGAUCUUUAUCCCUUCUGCAAGGAAAUAGGUCUGAAGCUACAUGUAAACAGUCGACCAAACAAAAAACUGGUGAUCAACAAACUGACCAAUGGAGCAAUGACUGAAGUGACAAACUUUACAGAAAAGUUGUGUGGGACAUUUGAGGAGAUUUGUUUGGACGUCCUCAGACACAACUUGGAUCCUGAUUUGCAAAGUGGAGAUUCUGAACUUGCCAGAAAUAUUCUCACACAAAUCCCUACUGUAAUGGAGCAAAGGAAUUUAUCAGCCUGUGUAAAAUCCUACAAGAAAAUAAAGGGCACAAGAAAACAACCCUCAACAAUGGCCAUACUUGAUUGCCCUAGCAACCCAAAUGUAGAUGCAUGUGGGGCUGUCUCCUCCCAGGCUGCAAUCAUUGACCAAAAUGUGGGCAGUUCUUCUGACACUGAACACGAACAUGAGCUCAGUUUAAAGAUGUGGAAACUGCGGGCCAAUCGUAUUCUGCAAAUUCUUUCAGUACAUGAAGAACAUUGCCCGCUAUAUUCGUACUCCAGAAGCAAGAAAGCAGGCAUUGAUUUCAAUGUAGGGUCUGGAGUCAAACAAAAUCUUGAUCCCAAAUUACUGACCAAUGGCAUCAUGGUUGAAAUUAACGCUUUUGCCACAGCACUGCAAUCAGCCACAAAGUAUUUUAUCACAGAGAUACUGGAGUAUAAUUUUAAUCUUAAUUUGACAAAUGAGUUGGAUCGCAAUGCCUUUGCACAGCAAACCUUGGAUAAAAUUAGAUCAGUGAAUGCACAGAAAAGAUUCAGCAUACCUCGACAGAAAAGGCUUUUUGAACUCCCUGACACGAGGUGCAUACAGGAACCUACUUAUGACAAAACUACAUUUUGCCCCAAAUGCUUUCAAGACAGAAAUCUUGACCUUCGUGAGGAUGAAUCUGAUCCCAGUCACACACAUGAUCUUCGUCCACAUACCAUGACUGACACAGUCUCUGCUGAUGCAAACUGCACAGCACAAAACCCUGCAAAGGAUCCGUCCUCUACAUUCUCAACAAUAGAGGAGACGAUAAUGGCCGGUUACCCUCGCUGCAAGGAAAUAGGUUUGAACCUUUGCGUGGACAAAGACCAACCAAAAGAUAAACUUGACACGCAUGUAUUGACACGUGGGAUGAUGAAUGAAGUGGUUCGGUUUGCCAAACAAUUGUGUGGAACAAAAAGCAAGGUUGUUAAUGCAGUCGUUGAACACAACUUCCACAUUGGCAUUCAGAGCAAGGACGUAGACCCUGCACGGCUGUUCCACAGAGCAAAGGCACGAAAGGAUGGUGGACUCGCCUGGUUUGAUGAAGUUUUUGUUAUUCAACCUGUGUCUCACAGACAACCUGGACAUGUGUGUAAAGCGAAUGAAACAGCUGCCAUGCAGAAAAGUGAAAUGAUGGAAACGAUCAAACAAAGAAAGUUGGCACUGCAAACAAAAGAGGAAAAAGCCACGCUGCCAAUUCAUAAAAUAAGUGACGUAAAACCAAAGAGAACUCUAAGUAAAGGCAACUGCUAUCCCAUUUGCAUGGAGAUUGGUUUGGAUCUAGAUGUGACAUCAACAUCAGCAGAGAAAGACAAACUGGACUUGAACCUAUUGACCAGAGCUGUAAUGAUGGAGAUAUAUAAAUUUGCAACUCAGAAAGUAGGACACUAUCUGCCACGCACUAUUUAUGACAUCCUUGACUAUAACUUCGAUCUGAGCUCACAACAUUACAGGUGCUGGGAAUUUUCCAUAGCGACUGCAUCCAAAGUUCAAAACAUGGUCAAGCAAUAUCGUAAAACACGAGACAGAGCAGACGAGCUCUUCAAAUUGCCAUUUGUGUUUGCUCCCAAGUCUUCACAAAGGUUUGUUGAGAAGAGACAAAAUAAAACACAGAAAGAAUAUUCCCGCGAAGAGACAGACCAACCGACCAAGGGAACAACAGAUCCUGGCAUGAUGAUGCAGAUGCAUGGGAAUCUAGUAGGUUAUGGUUUUCCUCUUAAGGGAAGCAUACACGUUAAAGAGGAGUACAAUCCACAUUAUGGCGAUAUGCAACCAGAACUGGACACUGAGGAAAUAUACAAUCUACAUUAUGAUGAUUUCAUAACAGAGUUAAACACUGAGGACGUCGAGUAUUUAGUCCCCGGUGAACCUACAGGAUCUCUUCCAUAUGCUUUUUUAACCAUGUGUCCGAACACUGUAAGCGACAUAAAAACAGAAGCAGUAAAUGACGGUGUCAAGUAUUACAACCUGGCUGAACCACAAGGAUCUGAAGGACAUCCUAUGCUAGCUGUAUGUCCAAACAGUGACAUAAAAACCGAAUUUGAGGGUGUUAAAUAUUUAGUCCCCGUUGAAGCAGCAGCAUCCCAAGAAUACUUAUUGGUAACCAUAGGUCAGAGCAAUGAAGACCAAGAACAUAUGCCAGAUGACCUACACCAUGAUGUUGAGUUGUCAUACACAGAAAGUGAAGUGGACAUCAAACCGGAAUGAAAACCUUAAUGAUCUUAAGUGUAGUUUACACCAGAGGCAGGCAGCAGAUGCUAUUAGCUGCCUUCAUUAUUAUUUUCUUUUGGGAGAGAAUAAAGUUUAUGACAUAUUUCACCACUGCAGGAAUGUAUACUUUAAAAAGCUCACCAUUAAACUGUUACUCAAGAUAUGGAGCUGUGUGUUCGAAGCCCAAACAGAUGGACAGAUGUGACUAAAAUGUUUCAAUGCAAAGUGCUGUUGAUAUGAUUCUUUCAAGCUUUUUUUAUGUGUUUCCUUUUCUUAUGUGGUCAGCUUUUCAACAGUCAUUUUCAUGUUUUGUUUUUUUGGGAACUGUACUUUUGUGUGGAUAGUAGAUUAUUGUAUUAUAGUCAUCGAAGACAUUCUAGUUUCUUAGUUGUUUUUUGUUAUUUUAAUGUUUUCUUUAAAAACCACCUAAUUACAAUGAAAAUAACCUUUGAUGUAAAUAGGUAAAGAUGAGUUUGUGUCAAAUUAAGUUUUGAAAUCAAAACUUCUGUGUGUUCUGCUCAAAUACUAACUGUUACCUUAUAUGAUAUACUUGCUUACUUGAUUAUUUGCCUGGUGUGGUGCCAAUAAAUCUAACUGACCUUUU